CACUGUUCGUGUCGAUACGUCUCACGCUCAAAUCUCAAAUAAGUCAAGAUGUCUGGACGUGGCAAAGGAGGCAAGAUUAAGGGCAAGGCGAAGAGCCGCUCCAACCGAGCUGGACUACAGUUCCCCGUGGGUCGUAUCCAUCGAUUGCUGAGAAAGGGAAAUUACGCCGAACGCGUUGGCGCCGGUGCCCCGGUGUACUUGGCCGCCGUGAUGGAGUACCUUGCCGCCGAAGUGUUGGAGUUGGCUGGCAACGCGGCCCGCGACAACAAGAAGACCAGGAUCAUUCCCCGUCACCUGCAGCUCGCCAUCCGCAAUGACGAAGAAUUGAACAAGCUGCUCUCGGGCGUCACCAUCGCCCAAGGUGGAGUGUUGCCUAACAUUCAAGCGGUGCUGUUGCCGAAAAAGACUGAGAAGAAGGCGUAAUCGUAAACCGAUUGCGAGAGACAACAACCUUUGGUUUGCAGCUACUGGAAUUAACAAAUGGCCCUUUUCA